UGGAUUCACCGUCAUCUGGUCAUUAAUUGCUGUGACAACGAUAUAAAGAAAACAGAAUUAUCCUAUGAAAUGGAUUUAUUUCAUUGUGCAUGAUAUUAUUUCGAUGUCUUAGUUGAAAUAAUUGUCGAAGCUCACAGUGGCAUUUUAAUAUUUGUCGCUAACAAUGAAAUCAAGCUACUUAACUAGAAAAUGGAAAAAAUAUCUGUGGUAAAUUGACUGAUUUUCCGUAAUUCAUUUAGUGAUAGAAAUACGGCUGGUGGAUAAUUAGAAAUAACACACUAUAAUGUCGAGUAGACUUAAUGCACAAGAUAAGAAAGACUUGGAGAAAUUUACUAAGUUUCUCAUCUUCAAAAGUCUACAAGUUAUUGUUCAGUCAAGACUCGGAGAGAAAAUAAGAACGAAGUCAAAGCCAAUUUCUUCUGGAACUGACUGGUUCAAUCUUGCCAUAAAGGACAUACCUGAUGUUCAUUCUGAGGCUAAGCGAGCUUUGGCCAACCAACAGCCAAUCCUCGGACAAAAUGUGUGUGUUGAGAUAUCACUUAAGACAUCUGAAGGAGCAACCAUGGUGCUGGAAACGUGGUACAUAAGUCUUGACCCGGACCACUGUGACAACAACGUUAAGAUCUCCUACACGGUCUACAACAGGAUGGGUACUGCACUCAAGUCCUUGUUCACAGUUUCUCGAGUCACACCAGCAUAUAAGCUCUCCAGACGACAGGGUGUUUGUUCAGAUGAUUAUGUGAUUUGUUAUAGAAUCUAUGCAGGAGAUCCGCAGUUCUUUAUGCUGGGUGAUGGGUACCAGACUGCUAAAGUAGGAACUGUCCCAACACCACAGGGAACCAUAUCUAUACAGCUUGCUUAUAGAACUAAGUUGUUGAUUACACCACAGAAGACUUCCAAGGAAGUUGGCUUUGAAGUGAAAGAUGAUCAUUUUAAGAAAGACAAUAGUCCAAAACGACCAACAACCCCAAAACCGUGUUCUAUGGGAUAUAGAAGGGAGAGUGUUGUGGAUGAUUGUGGACAGGCGUAUGAUGACACACAAGACCUCUGCUCAACCACCUUUACUGCAAGUCCUACUGAUGGCUUCCUCUACAAUGCUAUGCAGACUGGCUCUUUGCCCCGUACAUACUCUCAACCAAUCAGGAUAGAUGGCAGACUGCCAAAUAGUCAAAAUGGGGAAGAGUUCAAACCUACUAGUGCUCCAGAGAAACAAGCAAGUUUUUCAAACUUCCACAAGGUGGGAGCAUUUGCUCAACCGAAGACCAAGGACUAUAAGAGUGAUGUUGAUGAGGUGCCCUUCCUUAACCUUCUUCAACCUGCACCACUGGCUAAGUUUGACAUUGAAGAUCUAAGCGGGGACAGCAAAUCCACAACACUCAAGAGUUCAUCUACUGCUGACCAGAUGGAUGGGAUGAGUAGGAGUGCGUCAAAGGAUAGCAGCAGUAGUCAGACAUCAGCGCCUGAUGACUUUGUCAUGGUAGAGUUGAAGACUCCCUUUGCUGGGGCUGAUCCAAACACAGAUUUGGGGAAGUUUUAUCGUGACUGUCAAGGUGCUCCGAUGUUGGAAUCCUUUAAUGAGGAGAAGAAUGUUACAGAUACACUCGAGAUGAUUUCAAGUCAGCUGGUGAUCUUUGAGACAGACAUGAAGGACUUUGAUGCAUUCAUGACUUCAAUCACAGAAAGCUCCCAUGAUGGGUUAUAAUGAAGAUUCCAGUGUUACAGAAAUAGUAUAUGAGAUAUAUGUGUACAGUUAUAUAGAUGGACCAUGGACUAUAGAUCCCCAUCAGCUAUAUGUUUGUAUGUAUAUAUUUACAGCUAUAUAGAUUGACCAUGGACUAUAGAUCCCCAUCAGCUACAUGUUUGUAUAUAUAUAUUUACAGCUAUAUAGAUUGACCAUGGACUAUAGAUCCCCAUCAGCUGUAUGUUUGUAUGUAUAUAUUUACAGCUAUAUAGAUUGACCAUGGACUAUAGAUCCCCAUCAACUAUAUGUUUGUAUGUAUAUAUUUACAGCUAUAUAGAUGGACCAUUGAGUGGUUGUUUGCUUAUGAUAUAAGCCUUUUUGCGAUCUUUUCUGAAAAAUUGAUAGAAUUAAAACACACCAAUAACAACAUUAUGAGAAAUAUUGCUGUUGUUGAUGUCUGAAGCAGAAACCAGUAAAAUGGUUUUGUUUAAACAAAUUUUGACUGAUAUUUCUUGACUCCUUUGUGUUUGUCUCUAAUUAGAGAGAUGUGUAUGUCUAUGUAAACUAUAUGUUGCCUUGUGUGCCUAUUGGAAUAAUGUCUGAUGUUAAUGUAUUUAUGGGAUAUUCCUAUCUAUUCUUGAAAUUCCAUGAAGUGAGAGGUAUUGUAAUAAAAUGCUCAUUUAAAAGUGAUCGUUUGAAAUAUCAAUUGAAACUGAUUCGAGUUCAUUGGUUUUCUAACUCUAAUGAUUAUUUUUAGCCCACAUAUGGCACAAACUGCUAGCAAGCUUACCGGUAUUGUGUGGCAAAGGAUCUGUUGUCAGUCAUGCGGCCAUCAAUUUUUAUCUUCUGGAAACCAAUAUUUGGUCAAAAGGUACCUGGGUUUAAAUACAGUAUAUUUUCCUCAUUUGAAUGCAUUGAUCUUUUUUCAAGGUUACCAGGAUAGCAUGUCAAAAACUAUAGGAAUCUUCUCAACUUUCAGAAGUCCUAGGGUACUGAUAUUUGACCAGUUGGUACCUGGGAUUGAGUGCUACAAAUUUUCCUCAUACAAAUGACCUUUACAUACAUGUAUUAAUUUUGAAGGUCACUGGUGUCAAGUUCCAGAAGACCCAGGGUACUUAUAUUUGACCAGUGGGUACCUGAUAUGGGUGCUAUAGAUUAUGUUCUCAGAAAAAAGAUUCGGUAAAAACAGACACCUUUUCCCACAGUUAAUGAAGUGUAAAUUUCUUUGUCAAAUUUUCAAGAUGAUCUGGCCUUUUAUCGAGAUGAUAUGAUAACAUACCAUACCAUAACAAGCUUUCCAAUGUCUGUGCAUGGUAUGGACAUAUAAACCUAUUUAACAUGUAUGCUAGGGAUCUGUAUAUUUCUCUAGUGAGUGAUAGCCUAUACAUAACUCCUAUACAUGUAUACUUUAGUCUGCAUGCUCUGUCCAAACUACUAAUAGUCUCCAAAUCAGACAGACAGCAAAAUGAAAUUAACCCAUUAGUAAGAAGAUUGUAACUCUCUAGUCAUUUACAUACAUUUUAUUGUUUGUUGGAACCACCAUGUGAUUGAAGUAUGUGACCCAAGUGGUUCAAAAAUAUAAUCUUGUGUGAAAUGUUUUCAGUUAGAUUUUGGACAGAAUAUGUUGGAAAGUUCUGUCUGACAUCAUGCCACUUUUAUGAAAAGAAACCAAUGGGAUUCAGAUGAAACUUGCCUGAAAUGAUACUGAGUUGAUGAUGAUGUAUUGUUAUUUUUUGUGUCAGUCCAAAAAUCCAAUAUGGGUACUAUAUUGAAAAAAAAAUAAAGUUUCUUCUCAAGUUCCACUGAUGCAUUUGAGGUCAAAGCGUCACCUGUGUUAAACAUCUUCUCAGGUUCCACCAGUUGAAAACUUUCAACUCUCCAAACAGUAUUGACCCCUUGAAAAUCCUCAUCCUAUGUCCUCUCAUUUAUCUUCCAUUUUCAUCUGUAUCUUAUGUUUGAUAACAUCACAUCUAACACUUAAAUGAAAGUUCGCACAUGUCUUCUUUUUCUUAUGUACAUUUAAAUUUCCGAAACAAUUUGAUAGAAAAGGAUGGUAAUGAUUCACAAAGAAGGAAAACAUCCACAGCUGUGAUAGAAAUACAUUUCAAAACUUGUCAUUUGAGUCACGUACCUCUAUAGGUUAAACCAGUUGUUAACAAAGACAAGAAUGUUACUAUUUUUAGAAGGGUAUUAUUUGUAAAUUUAUUGGCAAGAUUAAAGAAUCAAAUUAGUAAGACACAGUCAAUUAAAGUGAAACCAGUUCUCUAGAGUUGCCCUUAUGAUGUACACAUGUAAGCUGAAUGGUUAGGCAGAGUUUUGAAUGCAAUAAGAUUUUCUAGUGGGCAGACUUCAGACAAUUUUUCAACUUUUGCCUUUAAAUUUCCAAAUUUCAGUGGGUUCCUCUCAGAAUCAUGGUAAAGUUUUAGGUAAUAUCCUCCAACAGUUUCAUACAGGAUGAUACACCUUGUUUUUUCUGUAUAUGUACCACUAUGUGACACCAUAAGAUGUGUGUGUUACAGUUAUGGUACACACUUCGGGUAUAUGACUGUCACUCAAUUUUGUAUGUGUGUGACUGUGUGAUGAAUGUUUGCUCAUUGUGGACUGUAGCUUGAGUGUGAGAUUAAUCGACUCACAAGUGUUAGAAGAAAGCAUGUCUCAGUGUGAUGUGGCUAGAUCAGUGUGAGGUAUGUGACUCAAUGGGAUGUGUGUUUGUGACUUGAUAGGCUCUUGUGUUUAUGUCUCAGUGUAACAUGUGGUCUAGUUUAGUCUACAUUUUUAGGUCACCUUUUGGUGAUCAUUUGCAGUCGUUGUUCGUCCGUCAUGUAUUCACUUUUUCUUCUUAAUAUGAUAACUCAAGUAAAUAUGAGCAGAUUUUGAUCUUCAAUCAAUAAGAUGUUGGUUAAGAUCAGCAGUGGGACAGAUUUGAUGUAACUUACAAGAAGAUGUUGGUUAAGAUCAGCAGUGGGACAGAUUUGAUGUAACUUACAAGAGAUAUCAUGGCUCGCUCAUUUCAAAUGUGGUUGAGAGUAGUCAGGUGACUGUUUGAAGGCCCAUGUGCCUCGUAUUUGUGAUGGAGACAUCAUUUGUGAUAUUAUUUGUGAUAUCUAUGACUUAUCCAUAUAUAUGAUAUAGCUGAAGUUAACAAAAUGGAAUUUAUACACUGUGUACAUUUCAUAUCUAUGUUCAUAUAAAUGAAGCAGAAUAUUUGACAUUGCACACUUACAUGUUAUUUUGAGCACUAAGGAGCCAUUUUAUGUAUUAAUUAAGAUAAAAUGACUUAAAAAUGACAUGGAAAAGUUUUGUUUUAAUUGCGAAAGGAUUGUGUAAUUAAAAAAAAAUCUUAAAUCUGUUUCCAUUUAAUAUGUAAUCAUAUUAAUCAUAUAUGUAUUUCCAUUAUGGCCUGCAAUUAUCUCAGUAUAUGGACUGUAUUGGCAGGAGUUCGAUACAUUCUAAAUCUUAAAAGAUAUGUCAUCAUUUUGACACCAUGUUAACAUUGAUGUACUGGUACAUGACCAAUGCUUUGCACAUUCAUUCAGAUAAGAUACAUUUUAGCUUUACAUGUCAGGAAGCUGGACCAGUUGAUAAACAUACACAGACAAACUUGAUGAAGUAGACAUGAUGAUAUUUUACAUUGCAAUUGUGAUAUAUACAGAUGAAUCAUCACAUUAUUCUAUUUACAUUCAUGUAGUAAAUAAAAUCUGAUGACAAUUCAAUGUCUAAAUGAAGUAGAAACUCACAAAUACAUGUAUGACUUUUGUUACAGGUUAAUACAAAGGUACUGUACCCGACAUCUAACAACAGCUGGCUUCUGUUCUGAUGAUAGACAUUUGUAUCUUACAGAUUGUUAGUGAUAAAAUGAAAUUAGUUGCUGAUGUAAUGAAUGUAGCACUGAUGUACACACACACCUUGUAAUUACUCUUCUAUUCUCUGAUAUGUAAAUGCUUUAGAAUGCUUGAUUGAAUGUGUAAUAAAGAUGAACAAGAAUGACUAUCAGAA